CAGAGUUCUCAACAUGAGCGACAGUGCAGCCGCCGAAACGGCUCCUCCAGCAUCCGCUCCCACCAAAGCCAAGGCUCCCAAGAAGAAGGCGGCGGCUCCCAGGAAGAAAACACCCGGUCCCGGGUUGGGAGAGCUGAUUCUGAAGGUUGUCGGGGAUAUCAAGGAUCGCAAAGGGGCGUCUCUGUCCGCUGUAAAGAAGGGGCUGGAGAGAAGAGGGAUCGAUGUGGGAAAGCGAAACCCACAAAUCAAGAUGAGUAUCAGGAGGUGCCUGGCGAACGGCUCCCUUGUUCUGGUCAAGGGCCAUGGCGUCUCCGGCUCCUUCAAACUCCCAAAGAAUCCAGUCAAGGCAAAAGCGGGAAAGAAGGCGGGAACAUUAGCGGCCGCCAAGAAACCGGCCGUGAAGAAAUCACCGGCCAAGAAGGUGACAGCCAAGAAAUCUCAGGCCAAGAAGGCGACAGUCAAGAAAUCCCUGGUCAAGAAAGCGACAGUCAAGAAAUCCCCAGCCAAGAAAGCGAGCGGCAAGAAGGCGGCACCGCCAAAGAAAGCGGUGAGCAAAGCAGCGCCAAAGAAACGGACUCCCGUGAAGAAGGUGAAAAAGACCAAGGGCCCUAAAGCCCCCAAACCCCUCAGCAAACCGGCUAAAAGCAAGGCCAAGCCCAAAGCGAAAGUGACCAAGACAGCAGCAAAGAAAUGAACCAGUCAGUGUAAUAUAUAACCAUCUGAACCCAAAGGCUCUUAUCAGAGCCACCCACAUCUCUCAGGAAAGAGCUGAGCCCGGAUCCAAUGUUCCCUGUCCCGGCGCCAAGCGCAGACCAGCUUCCAUAUUAAUUGAUCUGAAUCACUCAAAUACACACUUGCCAUGGUUUACGAAAUUGGAGACCUGAGAAUAGGGAAGGUGAUUUAAAAAACAGAUUAAGUGAGAUUCUGCCCUUUUAUCGGUGUACACUGCAUUAGCCUUUAAUAUGUUUAAAUUGGCGGGGUUGUUUAGAUUGAUUCACGGCCGGUACAAGUUCGGUUGUUCAGUUUUUCUGGGCUGUUUUAAAACCCGCCUUUCCUCCUGCCUGUUACAGACAGAUCAGGCAAUGAUCCCGCCUCCUGUCCGCGCUGACAGUUAACUAGAAUUUAAAGAAUUACUAUAAAAUAUUAAAUUUUAUCUUCGUUGCAGACGGAUGGUGUUUUGCGUUUCAAUGGUUAACUUAAUCUCAAGGUUUGUGAGG